AUGUGUGAAGGGCCAUCCAGGAUUUCUGGACCCAUUCCUCCAGACCCUACGCUCUUUCCAAACUAUUACAAACGCCCUUUCUCAGCUCGAGGGAGGCUGGAAGGGAAUGCUCAGAAGCUGGAUUUUACCUCUGGCCCCCUGGACCCGUUUCCCAACGCAUACCCAGCUUUGGGCAGCGCCCGCCAGAUCCAGCCAGCCCCUCGCAUUCGCCCCAGUGGAAAGGACUUCCUAGAGAAGGGACAGAGGGGGACACUCAGUCUCCUGCUGCAGCUCGAAGGGAUCUCCCUUGGCGAGGGGCUGCCAGUCAAGAGGCCUGAGGGGUGAAGGCUGCGUCUCCCCUUAAAAGACCCCGAGAAGGAGAGUGUGAGGCGGAUAAAGGAGAUUCAGAAGAAGUGCAAAGAGAAGGAGCGAGCCCAAGAGCACAGCCAGCCCAAGCCUGUGAAAGCUCUGUGGAAAUCCCAGAAAUAUGAAAACGUGGAGUCAAAGGUGAAGGCUAAACUGCAGGAGAGCUCCCCACCUCCAAAUCCAGAGGCUCUGAAAUUCCUGAGGGCGUAUUCUCGCUGUGGCCCUGGGAUCAAGCCGUGCAGACCGCUCUCCCCAAGGCCUGCCGGAAUGAAAGCAGGAGCAGACACAGAGGUUCCAGCGGCGCUGGGUGCUGAAACCAAGAUCCAGGUGGAGGGCAAGAGCAUCGACUUCAUUAAGCACAACGCCCGCAACGCCAAGCGGGCCCCGCUGCGCCGCUCCCAGUCCCUGCAGGCGCUGGCCGAGCUGCUGGAACAGAAGCACCGGGAGCAGGAGGAGUACAACGCCAAGCAAAAGGGCCACGUCCCCCAGUACCUGCUGGAGAGGAAGGAGCUGUGGCGCAGACAGAUGGAGGAGCGGCUGCAAAACCUGCCGGAUCCCGACACGCCACCCGGUCAUACCAUGAUGCCGGAAGGCGAGCGGCUGGAGACCCUGGGUGAUCUGAAGCGGAGCCAGGAGCAGCUGAUAAAGGACCUGGUGAUGCUACCAGUGCGCGCAGACACCCUCAGCGUGCAGAAGAGGCGAGUAGAGCUGGAGAGGAAGCUCUCCCAGAUCGAGGAGGCCAUCAAAAUUUUCUCAAGGCCUAAGGUCUUCAUCAAGCUGGACUCCUGA